AUGCGGAAUUGGACUACCAAGUUCAUGCGGAUGAGGCGACCACAUGCCACCAAAACCUCGUCCGGCCAGCCCCAUCAACAAAUACCACCUUUGCCACCACAUUCCGCUCCCUCCUGGCGAGUCGCGCGAGCGUUGUUGUUGGACAAUGUCAGUGGAUUCUGGCCGCGAUUACGGCUGCGGAUCAAACUGUUCUUGAUGGGUGGACAGAGGCCGUGGAGGGCGGAUGACGUUUUUGCGUUGUUUUCGUGGAUUUUUAUGGGGCAUACCGUGUUCCUGCUCGUUGGGACUACCACGUUCUUGUCCAUUUUACUUGGAGUCGCCAAUAGCUUGCAGUUUCAAGCAUACCUCGCCAAAGCGAUCAGCGACUACGUAACGGAAGAAACCGGGAUGAAAGUUAACUUCGAGUCAGCGAUCGUACCGAGGUGGAAAGAGGGUGCAAUACGAUUGGACAAUGUCUCCAUUGUGUGCAACGACAAGACGUGGCGGGAAUUGAAAAACAGCGAGAGGGAACGACGGGGGUUACCGCCGCUCGAUGACGAGGAGCUGGAUGUGAAUUGGACGUAUUGGGAUAUCACUUGCCGGCAUAUUGACAUUUCUUUGUCGUUUUGGAGAUGGCUUGAUGGGAAGGGAUUGAUCAAAGAAUGCAGCAUCAAAGGAGUUCGAGGGGAGAUUGAUCGACGACACGUGGAAUGGCCAGCCGACUGGAUCCCCAAACGCCGCGAACCGCAAUCAGGCGAUUUCGAAAUGACGCGUUUCGUCAUCGAAGAUCUUCUCGUUACCAUCCGCAACAAGAAGUUCCGGCCGUACAGCGUCUCGAUUUUCAACGCCGAGUUGCCACAGCUGCGAAAACAUUGGCUGCUGUACGAUAUCAUGCGGGCCGACGUGAUGAAUGGGAUGUUUGACAAUUGCUUGUUUAGCGUGCAUAAACUGCAGAGACCGGAUAUGUUAUUGGCCGAUGGGGAAAAUGAUUCUCAAUGGGAGAAGAUGAGCCACUUAAAACUCAACGGCCUCCCCAUCGACCACAUGAACGCCGGCGUCGAAGGCCCGCUCGGCUGGAUCACCCGCGGCACCCUCGACAUCGACCUCCAACUCUUCUUCCCCCAAUCCGACGGCGAAACCUUCCUCGCCAUCAUCCGCGACGAACUCGAAGACCUCACCGACGCAGCCCUCGACAAGAUCGAGGAGGUCAUCACCAGCCACCCGGAGACCGAGGACAGACACCAGAGUAUCAUUGCAAGACACUACCAUUCUAAACAUGGCGGCGCGAAAAGUGAGCCAGCGGACGCGGCGAUUGCGAAGGCCGACCGCGCGAUGGUGAUGAUGUGGAAUGUGCGGUUGAAUGAUUUGAAGGCGUCGGUGCCGCUCGUGUCGCCGCAUAUAUCGUACAUCAAUAGCGCGCUGAUCAGGCCGAUUGUCGGGUACCUGAACGCUGUGAAUACGAGCAUCAAUAUUCGUUUUGGAGCGAGGAUGGAUUUGUCUAACUUCGAAGGCGCAUGGACGAUCUACCAAGCCGGACUCACCGACGUCCUUGGCGAAGAAACCGGUCGCGCAAUCACUACAAUGGUCGCCCAGCAACGCGCCAAGCACCUCAAACGCGUCGCCACCUGGUCACUGCAGAGCGUCACGCGCAACCUCACGGCACUGGUCGAGUAUGCGAAGGGGAUACGUGGGUGGAAGGAGUGGAGUGAGGCGCGGAUGGGCGGGUUGCAGAGUGGGAACUGGUUGGCUAUGUGA